AUGGAGCCAGACGGAACUUUGAUCCGUAACGUGGAUGAGUUUUUGAAGCAAACGACUGACCCAGAGUACAAGCAAAUCUUCAGAAUUCCAGUGGACAUUGACAUUACCAUGCAGCCUGAAACUGAUGUAAUUGAGCUUAAAGAAUUUUCUGAGCGCAAUAUCAAAAAGUUUACAGUAAAGCCUGAAAUGAGACUGAGGUUUACGCUCGGUCUUGUUCGAUUUGGUCGUCACGUUCUCAACCGAAGAAUCCGGGGGCUCAUUGACCGAGACAUUAUCUGGGAGGGGGGACUUGAGAUGCCAAGAAUCACGCUCUUUUCGCGAUACAGAAACGGGAAUUGUGUGACCUCAAAGUACGUGUAUGCAGGGGAUGAGACGGGGUUUGCGCUGGAGCAUCGAAAGACGAUACAAGUUUUCAAGCAUCCCAGAGAUGAAGAGGUUAAAAUAAAUUAUUGA